AUGUCUGCUCUCAAUAAUUCUGAGGUCCAGCUUUUUCUUCUGAUUGGAAUCCCAGGAUUGGAACAUGCCCACAUCUGGAUCUCCAUUCCUAUUUGCCUCAUGUACCUGGUUGCCAUCAUGGGCAACAGCACCAUCCUCCUUAUCAUUAAGACAGACCCUUCACUUCAUGAGCCCAUGUAUUAUUUCCUUGCCCUGUUGGCCAUCUCUGACCUGGGCCUGUCCUUCUCCUCCCUUCCUACCAUGUUGAGAAUCUUCUUGUUCAAUUCCAGGGUUUCACCCAAUGCCUGCUUUGCUCAAGAAUUCUUCAUCCAUGGAUUCACUGUCAUGGAAUCCUCAGUGCUUCUAGUUAUGUCUUUGGAUCGCUUUCUUGCCAUUCAUAAUCCCCUGAGAUACAGUUCUCUCCUCACUAGCUGCAGAGUUGCUAAAAUGGGAUUGACUAUAGCCAUCAGGAGCAUUCUUUUAGUGCUUCCAUUCCCAUUCACUCUCAGGAGAUUAAAAUAUUGUCAGAAGAAUCUCCUUUCUCACUCAUACUGUCUGAAUCAGGAUACCAUGAAGCUGGCCUGCUCUGACAACAAGAUCAAUGUUAUCUAUGGCUUCUUUGUUGCUCUCUGUACUAUGCUGGACUUGGCAUUAAUUUUUCUGUCAUAUAUGCUGAUCCUGAAGACAGUACUCAGCAUUGCCUCUCUGGCAGAUAGACUCAGAGCCCUCAAUACCUGUGUCUCCCACAUGUGUGCUGUGCUCACUUUCUAUGUACCCAUCAUUGCCCUGGCUGCCAUGCAUCGCUUUGCCAGGCACAAAAGCCCUCUAGUUAUAAUCCUUAUUGCAGAUAUAUUCUUGUUGUUGCCACCCCUAAUGAACCCCAUUGUGUAUUGUGCAAAAACUCAGCAAAUCCGGGAAAAGGUCUUGGGAAAGUUGUUUAACAUAUGUAGGAGAUAG